AUGAUGCAAAGCCAGGCAGCUGGCGGGUCUCCAGGAGGCUCUACGACAACGAACCGAAGGUCAUGGAACGCCAGUACGCCACUCAAACGCGGCGGCGUGACCUCAUCGUGUCUGCUGAGGGUCAAGAGAGACAUUGCGGACUUCGCCUCCAACGCACCGUCGGGAAUCUACAUCGCGGCGGCGGACAACGACACCGCCACCAUCGACGCCAUGGUGAUCGGCCCUAGUGGCACGCCGUACGAAGGCGGUUUCUUCAGGUUCUUCAUCCGCUGCCCGGCAGCCUACCCGAUCGAACCACCCAGCGUCCGCUUCUUGACAACCGACGGCGGUCGGGUACAGAUGCAUCCGAACCUCCACAAGAACGGCGACGUGUCGCUCAGCGUUAUCGACAACAGCCUCGUCCCGGCGUGGAGUCCUGCCCAGUCCUUGACCAGCCUGCUCAUUUCUAUCCGAUCGCUGUUUACCGGCGACCCCUUGUACGACGCCGCGCACGCCGUCAGAGGGCAGCUCGACUACUCUGCCGAGUGCUACAGGGAAUUCGUGCGGCACGAAAGUAUCAGGAUAGCCGUGUGCGAUACGGUGGAAUCCUACCUCCAAGACCAUCCUCCACUACCGAGAGCAUUCAGGGGGACAGUGCUGAAAACGUUCGCCAAGUUCUACAGCAAGUACGAAAAGGCCCUGAUGGAACAGAAGCGUCUGAAUGGAGCCGAAAUGUUUGACCUAAUUGGUGGCACUAAGGGUACUUUUCAGCCGGACUCCCUGCUGGCACGACUGCGGGAUAUCAGAGAGAAGGUCGCCGAGCGAGACAACGCUUUUGCUCUCUGUGUAUAG